AGACUGAGGAAAGGUAAUACAGUUAUCGUUGAAUAACGUGCGUCAUUGUCAGCUGUUUUGUGACUAAUGGUUUACGCGUCUGGUUUUGUGACAACUAAUCAUCUAAUAGGCAGUUGAUUGCCUGCUUCACAAUUGUUGAGAAGAUGUUUCGCUCUUCGUCGGGUUUUGAUAAGUUACUUGAUAAGGCGACAAGCAAUUUGAGAUUGGAACCGGACUGGCCUACAAUACUUCAAAUAUGUGACCAAAUCAGACAAGGAGAUGUUCAGCCAAAGUAUGCUCUUGCUGCAAUUAAGAAGAAACUCUAUAAUGCAAACCCUCAUAUUGCAAUGUUUGGGCUUCUGGUUUUAGAAUCGUGCGUGAAGAAUUGUGGUCACCUUAUCCAUGAUGAAAUUGGCACUAAGCAGUAUAUGGAGCAGCUGCGUGAAUUAGUAAAAACAACAAACCAUGAAAAUGUUAAAAACAAAGUAUUAGAAAUGAUUCAAGCAUGGGCUUAUGCCUUUAGAAAUAGCCCAAAGUACAGAGCAGUACAGGACACACUAAAUAUUAUGAAAACUGAGGGCUACAAAUUUCCGGUUCUGAAAGAGAGUGAUGCCAUGUUUUCUGCAGACACUGCUCCAGAAUGGGCAGAUGGUGAUUGUUGCCAUCGUUGUCGUGUUUCAUUUGGAGUGGUUCAGCGAAAGCAUCACUGCAGAGCCUGUGGACAGGUGUUCUGCAGUCAGUGCUCGUCAAAAACCUCGACACUGCCGAAGUUUGGAAUAGAAAAAGAAGUUCGUGUAUGUGAGGCAUGCUAUGAAUCGCUCAAUAAAUCUACCUCAACCCCACCACCUACACAGAAGUCUGAGGGGGAGUUGCCACCAGAGUAUCUCAGCAGCUCAUUAGCACAGCAAAGUCAGGGCCCCCCUCGUAAAACAGAGGAGGAGCUGCGGGAAGAGGAGGAACUGCAGCUUGCUCUUGCUUUGUCAAAGUCUGAGGCAGAGCACAAGGAAAAAGAGAAGAAACGCACUACAUCAGCCAUUAUUUCAAAUGCAGCGGCCAUUCAACGUGCAAAGCAGUAUUCACCUCCUCCACUCAUGGACAAUAGCCCAAAUCAAGGGGAAGAAGAGGACCCAGAGCUUGCUCGUUACCUGAACCGAGCUUAUUGGGAAAAGCGACAGAAUGAAGACUCAUCUGGUCCAUCUACCAGUGCAAGCUCUGAACGCAGCAGUCCACGCCCUGGACAGCAGCCUUCUGCACCAAGUCCUAGGAUACAACAGAAACAGGAAAAUGGUGAACCGGAUUCUCAAAUUGAGGAAUUUGUGGGUGCUCUAAAAAGUCAAGUGGAAAUAUUUGUGAACCGUAUGAAAUCAAACUCAAGUCGUGGGCGUAGCAUUGCUAAUGACAGCUCCGUGCAAACACUUUUUAUGAAUAUUACAGCUAUGCAUUCUCAACUUCUGCGAUAUAUUCAACAACAAGAUGACAGCAGAGUGUAUUACGAAGGACUUCAGGACAAGCUAGCACAAGUGAAAGAUGCAAGAGCCGCUCUAGAUGCAUUGCGGGAAGAACACAGAGAGAAGCUGAGAAGGCAAGCAGAAGAAGCAGAGCGUAUUAGACAACUCCAGAUGGCUCACAAACUUGAAAUAAUGCGCAAGAAGAAACAAGAAUAUUUGCAGUACCAGCGACAAUUAGCUUUGCAGAGAAUACAAGAGCAAGAACGAGAAAUGCAAAUGAGACAAGAACAACAGAAGCAGCAGUACAUGAGAGGAUCACUGCCCUAUGGAAUGCCACCAUACGUGGGUGCACCAGGUCCUCACCAAACCUAUCCUCCACCGGGGCCUGAGAGUUCUCCUGUGCAUACACAUUAUGGACCGCCUAGUAUGCCACCUGGUGGGCAGAUGUUUACUGGGGCACCACCACCAGUAACCACAGGUGCACCAGUUCAGGGCCCACAAUCAUUUCAAGAAUAUCCACAUUAUACUUUGCCAGGUAUACCAGCAGCUCAGCCACAUUCAUCACAGCCUGUUCCAGUACAGGGACCACCAGGACCACUCCCUCAACUUGUUCGACCACAGCAGGGUGCCCUUCCUGGAGGAGUCAUGCCUCCUAUGGGUCCAAUAGGACCCCAUGGGCCAAAUCAAACUGGGCCUAUGCCUCUACCUGGCCAGGGUGUGCAAGGACAGAUGCAGCCUACUCCCCCUUUUCAUCCACAGCCUAAUUUGCCAGGUCCACCAGGACAAGGGCCAAAUCCUCAGAUUCAGGGACCACCAUUGCCUAUUCAGAAUCAUAUCUCACCUGGACAGUUUGCUCCAGGGGCACCACAGCAACCACCUGGGUCUUCCUCUGGCAGUCCUCAACAGCCACAACCACAGCAGCAACAACAGCUACAACAACAGCAGCAGCAGCAGCAGCAGCAGCAGCAGCCUGCACAGCAGGAUCAGAAACAAGAUCAAACUGCAGAACUCAUAAGUUUUGACUGA